GACCCUUUUCUAUUAGCCGAGCUGGAUCUGCCAGGCUGACUUCACCAUGCUGCGGCUAACCUUUCAACUAUCGAGACAUUUUGUACUGAAGAAGAAGAGCUUUUCUUCUUCCUGCUGGAGGCAAACUGCUGCAAUGUCUUCUCUCCUAAUUAACCAGCCCCAGUACUCCUGGCUGAAAGAGCUGGGUCUGAAGGAGGAGAAUGAGGGCGUUUACAAUGGGACAUGGGGAGGAAGAGGAGAGGUUGUGACAUCGUACUGCCCAGCAAAUAAUAUGCCAAUUGCCAGAGUUAAGCAGGCCACUCUUGAAGAAUAUAACGAAACGGUUGAAAAGGCAAAACAAGCAUGGCAGAUCUGGGCAGAUAUUCCUGCCCCCAAGCGUGGUGAAAUAGUCAGACAAAUUGGUGAUGCUCUGCGUAAAAAGAUUAAGCUUCUAGGACACCUGGAAUCUUUGGAAAUGGGAAAGAUUUUAGUUGAAGGCGUUGGAGAAGUUCAGGAAUAUGUUGAUGUUUGUGACUAUGCUGUUGGCCUUUCUCGUAUUAUCGGAGGACCUAUAUUGCCUUCUGAGAGACCUGGGCAUGCGUUGAUUGAGCAGUGGAAUCCAGUGGGUUUGGUGGGGAUUAUCACAGCCUUCAAUUUCCCUGUAGCUGUAUAUGGCUGGAACAAUGCACUUGCCCUUAUAUGUGGAAAUGUAUGUUUAUGGAAAGGAGCACCAACCACAUCCCUUACUAGUGUAGCUGUCACGAAAAUAGUUGCGCAGGUUUUAGAAGAUAACAAGUUGCCUGGUGCCAUUUGCUCAUUGACGUGUGGUGGUGCUGACAUUGGCAACGCCAUAGCCAAAGACGAGCGCGUGGACCUUGUGUCGUUUACUGGAAGCACUAAUGUGGGGAAACAAGUUGCACUUAAAGUUCAAGAAAGGUUUGGAAGGAAACUGCUGGAACUUGGUGGAAAUAAUGCAAUUAUUGUGUUUGACGAUGCCGAUCUCAAUCUCGUGACCCCAUCUGUUCUAUUUGCUGCUGUGGGCACUGCAGGUCAGAGAUGUACGUCAGCCAGACGGCUGUUUUUACAUGAAAGCAUUCACGAUGAGAUAGUGGACAAGUUGGCCAAAGCCUAUGCACAAGUACGCAUUGGAGAUCCAUGGGAAUCUGAUACACUGUGUGGACCUCUGCACACUAAAGAAGCCGUGGAAAUGUUCCUUUCCGCUAUUGAACAAGCAAAAUGCGAAGGAGGUAAAGUGGUCUGCGGUGGGAAGGUGAUUGAUCGUCCAGGAAAUUUUGUUGAGCCAACCAUCAUGACAGGACUUGCCCAUAAUUCACCAAUUGUCCACAAGGAGACUUUUGCCCCAGUACUUUACAUAAUAAAAUUUAAGACUGAGGAAGAGGCUUUUGCCUGGAAUAAUGAGGUUAAACAGGGCCUUUCAAGUAGUGUCUUCACAAAGGAUCUUGGGAGAAUAUUCCGCUGGCUUGGACCAAAGGGUUCCGAUUGUGGCGUGGUGAAUGUCAACAUUCCCACUAGUGGAGCAGAGAUUGGUGGAGCCUUUGGGGGAGAAAAGCACACAGGUGGAGGAAGGGAGUCUGGCAGCGAUUCCUGGAAACAUUACAUGAGAAGAUCCACUUGUACCAUUAAUUACAGCAAGGAUUUGCCUCUGGCUCAAGGCAUUAAAUUCCAGUGAACUGCCAUAAGAAGAUAAUCUGACCGAUAACGUCUCAAGACCAACAUUACUACAAUGCG